GUUGUACAAUUUACACUUUUAUUUUGUCUAAUUCUCAACAACAUCGGUAAUACGCUCAACAACUACCCACAGUGGCCUCAAAUCACAACUACACCAAGAUGAUCAUCACGAAGUAGGUGACGGCGUCGGGGCAUCACAUGGUCAUCAUGGAGGUGUAGCAACAGAGUUUUUGCAUGUGUCAAGUUACAGUGGUUCUGUGUGUGCAAUAUCGAAGUGGUCACGUCAUCUAUCCUCUUCUGAGUCGUGUACUUUGGCAGGAGCUUUGCCUGCAAGUGGUCCAACCUCGGGCAGUUGGCUGGCUACUGUUCUCUGCAGACGUGCAAGGAGGUCGAAAUCCGAUUGGCAGGAUAUGACUCUGAUGAUCGCACUUGACGGGGUCGGUGAUGAUGGCGAUUGGGCUGGGAAGGAGAGAUGGAGUGUUCGCAGCGAUCGCACGUGGAGAUCAAGGCGGUCACUCUUCAGGAAACGUCGCUUGAGCAGCUCGGUCUCGCCUUCGACUUUUUCAUCAAACUCGAUAAGAGUGCGUGCGUUGCUACCUUUCCAACCAAAGAGUUCAGUGUCCAGAUACUCAUCGGUGAUUGCGAGUGAACCUGAACGGAAGACCGAUGGCGAGAAACAACCAGGAACAGCGAAUGGAGGGAAUAUCUUAGUGUUCUCCCGACCAGAGCAUCGUGGAUGUGAUCUGCAGAUGUACAGCACAUCACACGGGAGCGUGCUCGGGUCUCGAAUUUCCUCCCAUAAUUGCAGCGACGGAUGUCGAUGGGCAGACCGCUGGAAAAACGGAGGCAAGCGAGGGAAAAGAAUGAUGACUGCGGUGGGUAAGAGGAUCUGCGAACUUCGAUGUCGAAUGGGGACGUUCUUCAACGGGGGCCGGAAGCUAUCAGUUACCAGCGGGCAUUGGAAGACGAGUGGUGAAACUGGGCUGACAGCUGCAGGAAGAUGGCCCACAACCUCAACGGGCGCAAACUGUAGCAGCAUCUGGCCUAAAGUGAUGGACGGAGCAGCACGAGGGGGAGCUGUUGAGAACGUAAGAGGGUGGACCUCGUGUCCACGUGGACCCCGUGUCGCAAUGCGGCAUUGCGAUUACGAUGGCGUGGGCGCGUUUUGGGAGGUUUUUUGUCUCCAGAAAAACACGUAUCGGGGCACUUCUAUCGGAAUUCGAGUGCCGGGGAGCUGCACACUGCCGCUGCUGGAUUGCGUGUUGAAUGGCGACGCGCACCUUCUUCCGGGUUGCCAUGCGGACUUGGCGUUCUGCGCGCGAAUGCCGUACUCGCGUUUGGGGAUUCAGGAACGACAUCGCGCAACAGUGCCGUUGGUUUUGUUGCAACAGGAUUCAAGGCCUCCCAUUCCAACGUUGAGUAGUGAUACGUCAUUACCUUUCGUUGCGAGUUCUCCCAAUACCACGAGGAGAUGUGCUACGUCAUUACCGCUGGAAUUAUCGUGGACAUGCAAUCGUUCUCCGUGUAUUGCCACAUCCGUACCAUUGGAAAUGUCGAGGACAUGCAAUCGUUCUCCGUGUAGUGCAACAACAGUACCCCUGGAAUUAUCGAGGACAUGCAAUCGCUCUCCGUGUAGUGCUACGUCAGUACCUUUGGAUGUGAGGACUUCCAAUUCUACGCUAUGCCGUUCUACCUCAGAAGCCGAGCUGAAUCAGAAGACUGCCGCACCACCAACGAAAAAGAAAAAAUCGCUAGUAGCUGAAGACGGGAAUCGAAUAUCAGCGCUCCAGCGAAAAACUGCAGUACAAAAAGCUUGGCGUCUGGACCUCUUAACAUCUUCGCCAAAACUUUGGGGUGGAGCGUCUUCCUCUGCUAUGGAAAAUAGAGGGAGCGCCCUAGCAGGGCACGAAGGCACUCCGCGGCACAGCUACAGCUGCUUGUGGAUCUGGAGCGCGUGCUGCGGUGUGAUUGUCGACGGGAAUUGGUGCUCGGCAAAGCAGGUGCAGAUGGCAGGAAGCCGUCGUAUCUUUGUUCUAAUUCGACCAGAACGCGGAGGUCGUGAUCUGCGCCCAGCGUGCACAUCACGCGAGAGCGGGUUCGGGUCUUUUUUUUCCAAUAAUAUGAAAAAAGGCUUCGCAGCCGUAAUAAGCGUGUACACACCGCCAAAACCCCCAAACCGCAACAAGACUGGUUUUGGUGUCAUCGGAGGAGUAGCAUGCGGAGGAGCGGCGGAAGAUGUUAAAAGACGGACCUCAUGCCCACGGGGACCCAGUAGUGCGCACCGGAUCACGGGGCUGCUGCUGUUGCUGGAACGCAUGUUGAAUGGCCAACGGGAAGUACUUCAUGAUGCACAGCGUCCACACGUGAUGACGCGACGCAUCGAGACCAAGAUGCAAACCGAGACCACCGCAAGGGAACGUGGAGCGGGUUAUGAUCUUCCGAGUGAUGCAAUCCAUGGACGUGGAAACAGUGGGCAAUCGCGCGGUGAAAAUUGUUGGUCAUGGUCCUCAGCUUCUCAUCCUGCAGUACAGCCUCGCUCAGUUUUAUCACCAUCGCCAAAAUUUCGGGUCAGGGCGGCUUCCUCUAUGAUGGGAAUAAGAGGAGGCGCCCUAUCAGGUACCCUAGUAUGUUUGCUUCCUUCCCCCAUCGUGCUGCAAUCAAAAGUUCAUGGCUGUAUUGUUUCGGUGUGCAUGCAUAUGCAACUCUUCCUGCCCUCGCUUCGAACCUUCCAACCUCAGGUUGUUGGGGCAAACCAUCGGUCGCGUGCGGUGGUGUCAUGCGGUGGAAAAUUGGGCUUACCGAGACCCGCGGCACUGUUGCCAACUCUGGAAGCGGGGCGGCUGAUCGAGUGUGAGAUAGUCGAGGAAAGAAAGAGGAGGAGACCACGAGUACCGGCUUGGUGGCACCGGGAGUACAGUUACCUACAUGAUCUUGCACGCCGGGCGCCGCGUGUCUGCCACAUCCUUGUUCUUGUGAGCACCCUGACUAUCCUGCCCCUGCAGAACAUUCUCAACGUAGCCAGAUACGAGUUUGGUGUGAUCUACAAGAACUUGAAGUACAGCGAAGCGGUGGGUGACGCGGAUGGAUUCAGAAAUGAUCCGCCCUCGAUGGCGGACGGAUGGAAAGGACGGGAAAGGCCAGACCGACGGCACUGCAGCUUUGGUGGACGGCUGCGAACAGUGGGAAAAACCGUCUCCAAAUUGCAAAGGACAUUAUGCCGGGUCUACGAACAUCGACGCGCGAUGCUACGCACACACAGCCAGACGCGGAGGACGACAGGCGCCAAAGAGGCUAAGCGACAAGCUUUGCUCCGACUAGUGGCUGCCCGGAGGGAAAGACGAAAAGAGAGGACCCAGCGGAAGCAAAAGGAGCGACGCGGCAACACUCCUGAGGGAGGGCGAGUGGAGACUUUUGCGGAGCUAUGGAUGAAAAUGAGACACGACACUGCGGCCCUGGUGAGCAAUAUUCAGAAAAGCUUGGUCGAGGUAAAAGCACGACUGACGCCUGCAGACCCCCAGCCGACAAAACAUCGCCGUGCACUGGUAGGGCAGCCGGUGGCCACGACGGUUCGGGCGACUUUGCUUGACCAAGAUGAGAUGCAGGCGCGACUGCCUGCGAGGGGCGAUGAAGAUGAAGCUCAUGCGCUGCCGGGGUGUUGCUUGAAAAACAUGGAAAUAGACGUCGACAAUGGUCACACCGCUCCGGAGGAGAAUGCUAUGUCUCUUGCAGCUGCUGGACUGGGCUUGGUCGAGCUGAAGAAGAAGAAAAAGAUAGAAGAACAGCAGAAGGCUAUGGAAGCGAUGUGUGGCGCCACUGCCAUGGCAAGGUUGCAGCCGCCUGCCUCUGCGACUCCCGGAAGAACACAGACGUCGGAGCCGAUGAAGGGGGAGCAGAGCGCGUCGCCGCCUACAGCCACACAGCCUCUCAUCGAAGACAUGAAGACACCACGCACACCUGAAUCGACAACGACGGACGACUCGUUGCUAACCAUUGGCGGAAAUGCGAAAACAAGGAGAAACAAGAAAAGGCGACGACGUGCCCCCCUACCUGUAUACAACAAUAAGCCAGCACCUGCGAAACAGACGCGCGCGACUGCUAUCUGCGAGAAGAUGCUGGACAAAACGGCGCAGGUUAUAUUGCAGGGUGAGAGGACAUUGGGCGGCUUCAUGAGCAAACCGCAGAGCUUUUUCCGCGAAGCCCAGGCCGAUCGUGAGAAAAAGGAAAGCGACGCCUCUCGAGGAGAAGGAAGUGAGGACGGUGGGGAGAACGAAAACGGCGGUGACUCGAAUCGCGAUGGCGAUGGGGAGUUGGGGCACAACUUUUUUCCGGAUCGCGCAGUCACAGCACAGGAGGAACCACUUGCGGGGCAUACGCGAAGGCGAACGGCUGCCAUUAACAUGAGGAGCAGCGGACAGGAGUCGGUCAGGUUUGAGCACGUCUUAAGGGCCGCGGGGGUUUGCGGGUGGGAUGUUAUCCUUCUGGAUGAGUUCGAGUACAGCCGCCAAGGAAUCGACGAGCAAACGAACGCGGCGCGGGACAAAAAAGCGCAGCAGGACCAGGAUCCUGACGGGGCUGGUGUGGUUGAUCUUCUAGAGAGCGAGUUAGUGGACGAACAGGGCGACGAGCAUCACCUGGAGGCGCUGGCUCUCGAGCAGCUCGAGGCCCUCGAGGAGAAUGAAAACGAGGAGAAUGAGGUGGGGAUGCGGCAGUUUGGAAAGAGCGGCUACAGCUGGCUCAUUCGCGACAAAUUUCAUCUGCUGUAUGGCAACGGAGUGGGCAUCCUAAUCCUGAACAACAAGCUGCGACACCAGAUUGAAGCGGGCAAACUACACGAGCACAAGACCGGGGCGGUGAGAUCAAGGCCACGGGUCCUCACUUUAUUCCUAGACGAAGAAAUCUAUACCGCGGUCUAUGCCCCUACCUCCAGCGCCCCUGCCUCAGAUCGCGACUUCUUCAACUCCCAAUUUGCAGCGUCAGUGCGGGAAAUGCAGAAGAUGAAAUCACAAAAAUGGAAGACGAAAGUUUUUGGAGGGGACUGGAAUUGCCAAAUUGGUGCGCAGCAAUAUCGCGACACCCCAUUUCACGGCGGAAAUGGGCCGGCGUUGACCUCACCAAAUGCCCGCACUUUGGCGACAAAUCUUUUGGCGAUGAAUAUGGUCCUGCCGGGGACGUUUCAAGCCGACGAAGUAUUGAACUUUGCCACGCAUGACGCUGGGAACGAGGUCGACUUUUUUGUGGUGCCGGGACAACAGCUGCAGAAGGUGCGGGGCUACAGGAGGUUCGACAUUAACGGAAAAAACGAGAAAGGCGAACGCUGGGCGCAGAAAAAGUUUGACCACAAAGCCAUCGAGAUGGACCACGAUGUCAAGACGAAGAAGCGACUACGGGAAGAGGGCGAAAUGCGGCGGCUUGCCACGUUUGGUUUGAUCAAAGAUCCUAGCGAGGACAUUUUGGCACACUUUAACAAUGACCUACGGAAGCGCGUGGAGAAAAGAGGCGGGGCUGAGGCGUUCUCGUUGGAAGACAUGCAGGAUUUUUUGACGCACCACAUGCCGCAAAUCAUUGGGAAGGUCAAAAAGGAGAUCCCCACGGAAGACGCUGAGAAGUACUUGGAAGAUGGGAAGAAACGAAGUGAAAUGUGGCGAGUCUUCCGCGAGUUUGACAUUUCAAAGAUCGAUCGAAUUUGUGCCAUAAGCCCCACCCAAGCGGAAGAACAGUACUACAGUGUCGGGAAUUCGCGGCUAAAUCCGGACACCCCGCUGCCGAUCACGCAACACCUCGAGGAGCUUGUUCCGAAACUAACCGCGGAGGAGAUUGAGGAAUUGGACAAAGACAUAGAUGAAGAGGAACUCACGAAGGCGGCGAAGAUGUUGAUGUCGGGCGGCAAGGCGCGGGAUGUUUUCGGUCUACACGCGGGAAUAUUUAGAUUUCUCGACGACGCAUCAGUGCAAAUGAUGACCAAGGCCAUUAACUCUCAACUGCGGGGACGACGAUUAUCCGAGCUGCGUGAAGAUUUGCAUUUAUGCCGGGACGUGCCGCUGUUCAAAAAAGGAGACCCGACAAAACCUGACAACUAUCGCUUUCUCGUAGUGUCGCCGUGUUUGUUGAAAUUGUGCACAAAAAUUUACAGCGACCGGCUCUACAAGGUUCUGGAAGACAAGCAAUACUUUUGCGAGACCCAGUUCGGUUUUCGGGCAAAUCGCGGCACGCUAGAAAGUAUUAUGAUCUGGAACCGAAUAAGGGAGGACCUGUGUCACUAUUCGCGGCACAAAUCAAGCAGGUUACUGGCGACGCUGGUGGACCUCAAAAAAGCCUUCCCAAGUCUGGACUGGAGAUUAGUGACGGCGGUAAUGGAGACGCUGGGAAUAGGGGAGACAACAUGUUGGAGCUUGAUAAAUAGUAGCCAUAGGCAUGCCAAGCACGAGUUUUACGACCCAGAAACCAAGAAGCCGGGAAACCGAUUCACGUUGGAAAAUGGAACGAAGGAAGGAUGCGUCAGCAGCCCCCUCGUCUUCUUGAUUAGCUACACGGCAGUGAUGAAAUAUCACAGACUUUUACGCAGUCAGGAGGGGUCAGAAUCACUGAAAGGGGUGAGGCUAUAUUCACGCGCUGACUUGGGACAUAUGAAGAGGGCCGACCAGCUGCAUGAGAUAACCGGGGGCGAGAAGCCAGAAGAAGGUGAGCCGGAGCUGAGCACUGAUCACGUGAUGGACCUGCUGUUUGCCGAUGACACGACGCUGCUGGAACACAUGACCGAGGCGGAAUUGCAGCAGUUCUUGAAAAUCAACGCGGAGUUAAUCGGGAAGAAGCUUGCGCCAUCGGAGUCUAAGGCCAUGAAGUUACUGACGAAGGCACUGCGGGAGUCAGGGUGCCGGGAAAACGACACCAAGCGAUUUAGUGGCAACAUCUGCGACAUGUCGGUAAGGAAUUUAGGAAGCUACACGGACCCCCGUGAAGACAUACGACAAAAAAAGCGCAAGGCCUGGACUGCCUACAACAAGUUACGGGCGAAGAUGAGCGGCGUUUCGAAUCUUUUUGCUGAGCGGCGCGGAGAGCUAAUCAUCAUAAUGAUCCGAAGCAUAUUCUUGUACGGCCUGACGGCGAGGUAUGUUAGUCCAGACGAAGUGCGGGCUCUCGAGCGUGAGGAGAUUGCGAUGAUGCAGAGGAUUCAAGACAUUCCGUGGUGGGAGCGUGUACUGCAGAAGAAGAGCGCGGCCGAUCUUCGGCGCAAAUUGAAAGUCCCGCCGUUCAGAGUGCACUUAAAGUAUCUACAGAUGCGAUUUGUGGGGCACGUACUACGACGGAAGCCGACCGAUUUAGCCAGACGCGCACUGGUGGGCAAGUUUGUGCCGAUUUUGUACCGCGGGGCUAGUGUUGGCAAUGCGUUGGAAGAUGGUUUACGUGCCAGAGCAGAAGUUCUACGAUCAGUCAAGGAGCUUAAGGAAGUUGACCCAAAAGAGCGGCGGGUGGAGUCCUUCCUCCAAGACGCGUUGGAGCAUUUGACGAAAAAAUGCAACAUGCCUAUGGAAAUGGUGCAGCUCCUUACCGAGGAUCUGGAGACAACACAAGCGCGGCAGCCCGAAGAGCUGCCGAAUGGCUCGACGCUAUAUGCUGCCAACAAACGACUUUUCUACGCAAUGACGCGGCAGUGCUUCAUACGGGAAACUGCUGCGGACUGGAGCAAUGGAGACGAGGAACUACGGCAGAAAAUAACGGAUGAGCUGGCUAUUAAGUAUUUCGGCAACCCAGGACAGACGCCAACGCGUGCGGAUGCAAUCAAGGCUGCACAGGAACAAGACUCGAGCGUGAGUGCGGAGGAUGUAGUGUACUCGCUCCCGACAGGACAGCCGUCGGCCCUGGAGCAUUUUGACGCCGAGCGCCAGUGCAUGUGGUGCGAGCAGAGCUAUCCGCUGGCGGCCUCGUGGGGAACAACGGACGGCGGGCCAUCGGAGGAAAUGAUCGCGCACAUGCAGCAAGAACAUGCGGUGAAAAAAUCGACUAACACGGAAAUUAAGGCGCUAGUUAUGAAAAAGGUCGAGCAAAUCAGCAACGAGCAAGAUCAGGAGAUACGGCGCGAGAUCAUCGAGAGGAGCAGCGACAUUCUGCGUGACAAGAUGGCGAGGGGGCCGACGGCGCAUGUCAAAAAAAUCUUCUGCAAAUCGUGCGCAUUAAUGUACGCCUCCACAGCGGGGGCAAUGGAAAAACAUGCGCAGGUCCACAGGGAGAGUGGAUACAUCAGGAUAGGAAGGAAAAAAGACGCACAAGGCAGAGCAACAGGCGACUACCGACCGGAGCAACACCUUUGGAACCACUGGGCGGGCCGGUAUUAUUUUGGGUCUGAUGCGAAGGGCUGGCGAAACGUUCUACCACGAGACGCACUUUUCACGAACCGGGCAGGUUGCGAGUUUUUACGAUGCAGGAAAUGCAAAACGUACAAGAUUCUCUUCAAUCACGACAAUCGGGUGGAGCGGCCUCAUGACCAUAGUGAAUCGCUGCGAAUUAGCAAGAUGGUCGCGCAUGAGUGUGCGUGCAAGCAGAAGGAGAAGAAAGUGAACCAAAACCCCAAACCCAAACGCGCGAUGAAGAAAGUGGUGAAAAGUUAGUGAGGUGUGAGUUGGCGUCCCCUUCUCUCCCCCUGCUGGGAAUCACUACUACUACUACUAGUCUAACUCUAACACUACACCGAGACCGAUUUCAUUGUCCAUAUCUCUAGUACCUAUUUUUUUACUUUUUGCGCAGAAAGAUAUCUAUGAAAGAACGAUUUUUUUGUAUGUUGAGCAGCAUCUUAAAGAAUUAUUACAAGAGGAAAUUCACUUGCAAACAGCUACUAGAGGACGAGCAGCUUCAGUCGUGGAAAAGAGUCUGCAUUGAUGUCAAAUAUAUAACGUGCGUUGUCUUCUUCUGUAUGCUCGUGUACUAGACACUGAAACUCCAGCACCAUCUCAAUGAUCCUGAAAAAAAAUAUUCGCUGAAAGUAAGAGUUUGUGUCAUGAUUAAAAUUUAGUUGUCAGCGCAUUGUACCUGAGGUGAGGUGGCCUAAAGAUUGAUAGAGGCAAGAAAGCAACUACAUAUUACCAAGUCGAAGAAGUCCUGCGCUUUGCCUUUCAGUGGAUUCCGUGAUAUUUUCACAAAGUUUGAUGUGAUUGAGAGCCUUCUAUGACCUGACCAACUGCUGAGCUUGAGAG